AUGACCAGCAGCGAAGCCAUGGACACCCUGGGGCAGUACAAGAUCACGGUAUGGGAGGAGGAGAGCUUCCAGGGCAAGCGCUGCGAGUUCCUCAUGGAGUGCCCCAGCAUCAUGGAGCGUGGCUUCCGCAAGAUCCGCUCCAUCAAGGUGGAGUCUGGCCCCUGGGUGGGCUUCGAGUACCCUGAGUACCAGGGGCAGCAGUUUAUCCUGGAGAAGGGUGACUAUCCCCGAUGGGAGGCCUGGAGCGGGAACAGCGGCUACCGGACCGAGCACCUCCUCUCCUUCCGGCCCGUCAAGUGUGCGAACCACAACGACAGCAAAGUCAUCCUCUACGAGGCUGAGAAUUUUCAGGGGCACAAGUUUGAGCUGAGUGAUGACUACCCCUCGCUGCAGGCCAUGGGUUGGGGCAACAAGGAGGUGGCAUCUAUCAAAGUGAACGCCGGAGCGUGGGUGGCAUACCAGUACCCAGGAUACAGGGGCUACCAGUAUGUGCUGGAGCGGGACAGACAGAACGGUGAGUUCAAGAAGUACAAUGAAUACAGCAGCCAGGCUCACACCAACCAGAUCCAAUCCAUCCGCCGUGUCCAGCACUGA